AUGCUCAGAAAGAACGUAAGACUUAGAAAGGAGUAUCUCAUGAGGAUAGAAGACGAAAAAAGAGCAAAGCAGAAGUAUGAUAACAAAAUGAGAUUGCUCAAUGCUGAAAUUGAAAGGAAGAAUGUCCCAACUGACCUUUACAGAGAGGAGGAGAAUCUCAGAAAAGAAAUCAAUGCAUAAGAUGAUAACACCAUAGUGCCAAGAACUCAUUUAGAUGAUGAAUAUGCUAUGAGUUUUUAUAGAGAACCUCAAAUAGUAUUGACUACAAGUAGAUCUCCAUCCUAGAGGUUGAUUACUUUAAUGAAAGAGAUGGGAUUAAUAUUCCCCAAUUGCACUAGAGUUAAUCGAGGUGCCUUGGUGGUCAAGGAUCUCGUCAUUCAUUGUUAACAAAAAAAUUUCUCAGAUCUUAUAAUUGUUCAUGAGCAUCGAGGAGAACCCGAUGGAUUGAUUAUAUCCCAUAUGCCCUUGGGUCCAACCAUCUAUUUUGGAGUAAAAAAUGCUGUCUUGCGUCAUGAUUUGGAUGUGCGAGCAGAUCCCCUGUCUGAGCAGUAUCCUCAUUUGAUUUUUGAUAACUUCUCAACCAAGUUGGGAGAAAGAGUCACCACCAUUCUAAAGCAUCUAUUCCCAGUCCCUAAAAUAGAUAGCAAAAGAGUCCUUACUUUUCACAAUGAAAAUGGAGUCAUUUCAUUCAGACAUCACACUUAUUAGAAAUCAUUCAAUCAAGUUGAUCUAAAUGAAUAAGGUCCAAGAUUUGAAUUAAAACCAUACAAAAUUACCUUGGGUACUAUUGGAUAGAAGGAAGCCAUUGUCGAAUGGUAAUUAAGAACCUUUAUUAACACAGCUGGUAAAAAAAGUGUAUUAUGA